AUGAGCAUCCAGUCCCCACCCAUGGUGCUGGAGCUGGCAGGGUGCAGCCUGCUAAGUGACAAGUCCAGGGCUGUCCUGGAUCUGGAGGACCUGCCCAUAGAGCUCUUCCCACCACUCUUUGUGGAGGCCUUCAGCAGGGGACACACUGAGGUCCUGAAGAAAAUGGUGCAGGCCUGGCCCUUCACCCACCUGCCCUUGGGGGCCCUGUUGAGGAAGCCACAAGUGGAGAUGAUCCGAGUGGCCCUGGAUGGGCUGGACAUGCUGCUUGCCCAGCAGGAUCACCCCAGGAGGUGGAAACUGCAGGUGCUGGAUUUGCGGAAUGUUCCCCAGAACUUCUGGAGGAUGGGGUCUGGAGCCACAGUUGAUGCCUGCUCACCAGAGGACAUUAAGAAGAAUCGAACAUUAAAACUUGGUCCAGUCACACAGAGAAGGGACAGGCUGUACCUGUGUUGCAAUAAGCUGAAGAUCUUUGGGAAACCCACCAGCUACACCAGGAAGGUCCUGAGACUGCUGCAGCUGGACUCUAUGAGGAACCUGAGGAAGCUGCUUAUCUCCCAGGUCCUUGUACCUGCCCACACCUCCCCAGAGGAGCAGGAGUGGCUGCUUGCCCAGCUUACCUCGAAGUUCCUCAGGAUGAACUGCCUGCAGACGUUCUGUGUAGAUGCUGUCCUUCUCCUCAAGGGCCACCUGGAGCAGGUGCUGAGACACCUGAAGAUGCCCCUGAAGGCCCUCGCAAUAACCAACUGCCGGCUGCCGGAUUCAGACUGGAAUUACCUUUCCCGAUGCCCAAACACCAGCCAGCUCAGACACCUGGAUCUAAAGGGCAUCAAACUGACCACUUUUAGUCUGGAGCCCCUCAAAAUUCUUCUGGAGACUUUUGCAGCCACCCUGAGGAGCCUGGACUUGGAAGCCUGUGAGAUCACGGACUCCCAGCUCCAAGCCAUCCUGCCUGCCCUGAGCUGCUGCUCCCAGCUCAGGGCCUUGUGCUUUUUCCAGAAUCACAUCUCCACGUCGGUCCUCAGGGACCUGCUGUGCCACACUGCCAGACUAAACCAGUUGAGCCUAGAGCUAUACCCUGCCCCUCUGGAGAGCUAUGAUGCCCAGGGUGCCAUCCACCCCAGAAGAUGUUCCCAACUCUGUGCUGAGCUCACAGCAAUACUGAAGGACUUUAGGCAGCCAAAGGUCCUUAUUUUCGGUACUCUCUCAUGUCCUCAAUGUGGCUGCAUGUUUCUCUACAACCAGGGCCUCAUUCACUGUUCCUGUCCAACAGAUGCCUAG